AUGUCUGAAAUUUCGGCUACAAAUUGGCUUGUCAUUGCAGCAAUAGAUUUUGGAACUACGUAUAGUGGUUAUGCUUUUUCCUUUCGUGAUACUGCGCGGGACUUUCACACUUCGCAGAACUGGUAUUCUGGAACGUCAAAUCUUCUGUCACAGAAAACUCCCACAUGUAUUUUAUUGAACCCUGAUGAAACAUUCCAUUCUUUUGGAUACGAGGCACAGGAUGCUUAUACAACACUGGCAUCAGAUGAGCAACAUAUGGAUUAUUUUUAUUUCUAUAAUUUUAAAAUGGAUCUUUAUUAUACCAAGAAUUUGAACAGGAAAACUAUGUUAAACGACAUAAACGGAAAACAACUUACUGCAGUCAAAGUAUUUGCUUUGUCGAUCAAGUACUUGAAGGAUCACUUUAUGACCACUCUUUAAAAGAGCUUGCCUGACGCUUCAGAAAAGGAUGUGAAAUUUGUUCUAACUGUUCCCGCCAUUUGGACGGACGCAGCCAAACUUUUUAUGCGAGAAGCAGCAAAGGAGGAGGAACAGCAGAUUUUAGUGUCCAUGAACUGGACAUUGAUGGAUCCAUCACAGAACUUCACAAAGCUAGCGGUGAAGCUUAUGGAGGUACUUGUGUUGACAAGAAAUACAUUGAAAUAAUAGAAUCCAUUUACGGAGUUAAAAUCGUUUGAGAGAUUGGGGAGUCAAGAAAUGGAAGAUUAUUUAGAAUUUUUAAGAGAUUUUGAGGUUAAAAAAAGAACGGUAUCCAACAACUUAACGAAGAAAUAUAACAUUCGUAUUCCACUAUCACUGAAUGACUUUGCAAAAGAGUACAGAGUAGAUUUACAUAGAACAGAACGACUACCUAUAAAAGGGGAAGUUGAAGUAAUGCGAGAUAAGAUAAAAGUAAAUGGACACUUUAUGCUACAGCUUUUUGAAGAUUCUAUAAACGAAAUAGCAAACCAUCUCCAAAAUUUGAUGAAGGAUUUUCCUGAUAUUUCCUGUAUAAUAUUGGUAGGUGGAUAUUCAGAAUGCAGUAUCCUGCAAGAAAAGAUAAUAUUGAUGUUUUCAGACAAGAAUAUUAUAAUUCCUAAUGAAUGUGGUCUUGCAGUAGUAAAAGGAGCCGUCCUAUAUGGUCACAAUCCAUUCAUCAUUUCUUGCCGUGUGUUAAGAUACACUUACGGUACAAAUACAGACUUCAGAUUCGAGAGUGGAAAACACGAUGAAAAGAGAAAAUACAUAGAUCAAUACGGCAUAGUUCGAUGCCGUGGGACAUUCGAUCCCAUUAUUUCUGCUGGAAGUAAAGUGCUUGCAACUGGAAAGAGAUGUACGUUAAUUAGUGUGCCAUUGGAUAAGUACCAAUCAACAAUUGUUUCAGAAAUUUACUUCUCGGAAAAAAGCGACGUACUUUAUAUCGAUGAGGAGGAUUGUAGAUAUUUAGGUAAAGUUGAAAUUCCAUUGCCUUUCCUUGGAUUUAAACCCACUUUGGAAGAAGAAUUUACAUUUGGUAUGACAGAAUUAGUUUAUACCGCAACAAUCAAAGAAACACGACAAACUAUGGUCAAACAUUUCAAUGCAUUUGAGUUUACGUGAUGUUGCUAGAUGCUGAGGAUAUGUAAAUUCUUCAAUAAAACUCAAAAUAUCUAAA